AUGCUUAUCGGUAAAAAUCAAAUAGACAAAAUGACCGAUCGUGAUGAUAUUAACGAGAUCAUUGAAAUUGAUUUCGAAGUGGGACAUAGCUCGACAAUUCGACCCGAACCGACGACUAAUCAUAAUCCACCUCGUACUCAUGAUUGGAAAGUGUAUGUACGUUCGGCUGAUGUUCAUGGUGAUCUAAAUUGUCUUAUACAACGUUGUGUGUUUUACUUGCAUCCCGAAUUUCCAAAUAACAAACGAGAAUUACGAUCAACGCCGUUCGCGAUCCGAGAAUCUGGCUAUGCUGGUUUUCAUCUGCCAAUUGAUAUAUUUUUCAAAACGAAAAAAGAACCGAAGAAAUUCCGUAUUGAAUAUGAUCUUGAUUUACAUACGAAUGUUGAAGGUCAAACGCAUCGAAAAAAGGAAAGUUAUGUGCGAAAAUAUCGGUGUACAUUCUGCGAUCCUGAUCCAGAAUUUCGACAAAAGAUCCUGGCUGCAGGCGGGAAAAUCAAAGAUACAAAUACCACAUCAACGAAUAACAACGAUAACGAUGAGAGCGAUAGUGAAGAGAAACAAGUGACAGCGCUACAAGCACCGCCAUCUGAACCAACUGUUCGGUAUACUUCGCCUCCGCAAAAGAGACCCUACUCACCUGUUCCGACUGCAAAUUCCACAACGAAAAAAGUGAAAGUCGAACCAUCAGUAAUCAAUUCGAAGAAGAAGCAAUCGCAACAGUCAACAGUCAAGAAUGAAAUUUCCACGAAAUCAACAGUGAAUCACGCCAACACCACAAAGAAACCUCAAUCAAUACAAUUAAAUAAAUCAUCAGCAUUACUUACGGAGGAGAAACUAGCGAAAAAUCCCAAUUUAACAGUGUCAUCUUCAUCUACGACAAAUGGAUCUUCUGAAGAUCCAUCACUAUCGAAAUCUCGUCUGUCGACAACAAAAUUAAAAGCAGAAAAUGACAUAAAACCCAUCGUCAUAGCAACGAAGAGAAAAGACCCUGUUCCAUCCCCAUCGAAAGCUACGAGUGCACCACAAAUUUCAUUGAAGAAACCCAUACAAAUGCCAACAAACAAACCAAUACAAAAAAUUCCGAUUAAAGUUGAACAAACAGCUGCCGUCACGAAAUCACCAUCCAAUGUGAAUAUCAAACGAGAAUCGUCACCAAGCCUACCUCCUUCGAACAGUACAGCCUCAACAGUUUCAAUCAGUAGUCUGAAGAAAAUUCCGAAAAAAGCCGCGCCACCACUUCCACCUCCUCCCCUGGUCACUGAGAAACGUGUGCGGUCACCGAUGACUCCUCCAACGUCCAGUCGCAAUUCUGAUCGAGAUAUCCACCGACAUCAAUCUUCCUCGUCGAAAAGUCAUUCCAGUUCUAAACGAGAUCGUUCGUCAACGACAAGAACGACUCCACCAUCGUCAUCCGUCAACAACUCGGCUGGUAGUCGAAGCAGUAACAGCAGUAAUCGAUCAGGAAAACAUAGUGGAACUAGUCGAGGUCGUUCGCGUUCUCGAAGUCGUUCUCGAUCGCGCUCACGUAAUCGUUCCAGUCAUCAAACACAUCACAACAGUCGCUUACAUCAUUCAUCUACGUCAUCUCGACAUUCGUCUCAACAAAAAGAUCGUUCCAACCGUCAUACGUCACCUUAUCAGCAUCAGUCGUCGACAUCAAAAUCUUCCUCUUCGCAUCACAAAAAUCGUCGUACGCCGACUCCACCCAAAUCAACACGAAGUCCUUCCCGCUUAGCUCAAUCUAACCAAGAACCUGCUGCAUCUUCGAAUGAAACAUCUGCACCAUCAAUACCAUCGUCAAUCAAUACUCCACAAUCUCGACCGGAUAGCGUUGAACCUCCGGUAGUCGCUUCAGCCACUGGAUCGCCGUCUACGCAUGUUUUCCACAGUGAAGAUGAUCAUACUCAAACUCCGAUGGACAUCGAUGGGCAAAGCGAUGAUGAUGCAAACAUACAUCGACAUCUGCCAUCAUCUGACGAUCGUGAUCAAAUAUCUCCAUCAUCGGUGCCAUACACCGCAACUAAAUCCAAAAAAUUAUUAACAAAUCGAAACUCACAAUCAGAUCAUUCCUAUUCGUCUCUUGAAACAAAUGAAAGUAAUGACGAAAGUAACCUGUCAGUAGAAGAUGACGACGAUGAAGAUCUACCAACAGUUUUAACUGACGAUGAACUCCGAACGAAAUUAAUCUACAUUUACAAACGUUUUACUUCAAAUUCCAACAAUGAUUUAACAACGUUCGUCACAUUUUUCAAACGUCAUCGUCUAAUCGACACAUCAUCGAAGUCAACUAACGGAAUGUUCACAUAUGAUCUUUUCUCGCUCAAUCCAUCGUUAAUCGAAGAAUUGGCAACCGAUCUUGGCUAUUCAACAGCUUCUCUUAUUAAUAGAACUUAA